ACCAAGAAUGCAUUAGUUCAAGACGCCUCUGAAUUAUCGCAUCUGCCAGUCGGUUAUCCAGUAUUGAAGCGGAACUUUAAACCGGAAGUUGAGGCUGCGAGUCAUCAGACUUCCAUCUUCAACAUUGCCGACGCUGUCCCGGAGCACCGUUCGCAGUCCGGCGUGGACGGAGUAUCCAGCCGGUUCCGCCAAGGCGUGGUCUGCCGCAACUCACCGUCGUUUCUCGCAGUGAGAGGGAUUCGGUCAUUCUGCCAGUGUGUCGGCGAUCUUGACGAAAACAGACCUGAGGGGGAUUCCUUACUCCCAAACUCAUAAUGGGUCACGACUGUCCAGUGUGCGGCAAGAAGAAUGAGUCCGCGUCCAAGCUGACUGUGCACCUGCGGACCCACACGGGAGAGAAGCCAUUUGAGUGCACGGUUUGCAACAAGAAGUUCAGCCAACGUAGCAACCUCACAACGCACGUCAGGAUCCACACAGGAGAGAAGCCAUUGGAGUGCACGGUUUGCAACAAGAAAUUCAGCGAAGGUGGCAGCCUCAGAAAGCAUCUCCGGACCCACACAGGAGACAAGCCCUUUGAGUGCACGGUUUGCAACAAGAAAUUCAGCCAAGGUAGUAGCCUCAGAAAGCAUUUCCGGACCCUCACAGGGGACAAGCCUUUUGAGUGCACGGUCUGCAACAAGAAGUUCACUGAAAGUGGCAGCCUCAGAAAUCAUCUCCGGACCCACACAGGGGACAAGCCUUUUGAGUGCACGGUUUGCAACAAGAAGUUCAUCGAUAGUGUCAAGCUCAGAGUACACCUCCGGACCCACACAGGGGACAAGCCCUUUGAGUGCACGGUCUGCAACAAGAAGUUCACCACAAGUGGCAGCCUCAGAAUGCAUCUUCGGACCCACACAGGAGAAAGGCCCUUUCAGUGUACACUUGUACGGUUUGCAACAAGAAGUUCACUGAAAGUGGCAGCCUCAGAAAUCAUCUCCGGACCCACACAGGGGACAACCCUAUUGAGUGCACGGUUUGCAACAAGAAGUUCAUCCAAGGUGGCAGCCUAAGAGUUCAUCUCCGGAUCCACACAGGAGACAAGCGCUUUGGGUGCGCGGUUUGCAGCAAGAGGUUCAGACAAAAGUCUCAUCUGAA